AUGACAGUUUGGUUACUGCGGGAGCAGCUUUUCACAGCCGGUUUGUGUCCGGCAGCGCCGGGUGCAUGUGCUGGUCAGAACUCACCUUUAAAGCAAACAGGUGAUGUUUUGAUGUUAAUGACUUCACGUCGGAAAUCAGAGAAGCUGGUGCGCGGUUUCUUUGUAAUUGCUGCCAUGGGAAGACACUUGACUAUCCUGUUGCUGCUGAUGCUGCUGGUGCAGCAUUUUGGAAACUGUGAAGGAAAUCAAAGGCCACACCAUGCUCCGCCAAUGCAGUUUACACAAGUACAGUAUAAUGCUACUGUAUAUGAGAAUUCUGCAGCCAAGACUUAUGUUGGGCAUCCAGUGAAAAUGGGCAUUUACAUUACAAAUCCAUUAUGGGACCUGAGAUACAAAAUUAUUUCUGGUGACAAUGAGAACUUGUUCAAAGCUGAGGAAUAUGUUCUUGGAAACUUUUGCUUUUUGCGAAUACGGACCAAGGGAGGAAACACAGCUAUCCUUAACAGGGAGGUAAAAGACCAUUAUAUGCUGACUGUUAAAGCAGUUGAAAAAAAUACAAAUGUUGAAACUCGCACAAAGGUCAGGAUACAGGUACUGGAUACCAAUGACUUGCGGCCUUUGUUUUCUCCAACAUCUUACAGUGUUUCUCUGCCUGAAAACACGGCGAUAAGGACCAGCAUUGCAAGAGUCAGUGCAACAGAUGCAGAUAUAGGAACAAAUGGAGAGUUCUACUAUAGCUUUAAAGAAAGAACAGAUGUGUUUGCUAUUCAUCCAACUAGUGGAGUGGUAGUUCUAACUGGUAGACUUGACUACUCAGACACUAAGCAUUAUGAGAUGGAAAUUCUUGCAGUGGACCGUGGGUUGAAGCUGUAUGGUAGCAGUGGCAUAAGCAGUAUGGCAAAGCUAACUGUUCAUGUAGAGCAAGCAAACGAAUAUGCCCCUGUUAUUACAGCUGUUACAUUGACUCCAUCAGAAUUGGACCAAGAUCCAACUUAUGCAAUUGUGACUGUAGAGGACAAUGACCAGGGUUCAAAUGGGGAAAUAGCAUCAUUAAAUAUUGUGGCAGGUGAUCCACUUCAACAGUUCAAAACAGUGAGGUCUGUUCCGGGAGGUAAAGAGUACAGAAUAAAAGCCAUUGGUCACAUUGACUGGGAGAACCAUCCUUUUGGAUACAACCUUACCCUUCAAGCUAAAGAUAAAGGCAAUCCCCCCCAGUUUUCUUCUGUGAAAGUUAUUCAUGUGACAUCACCACAAUUUAAGUCUGGUCCUGUCAGAUUUGAAAAAGAAAUAUAUAGAGCUGAAAUAAGUGAAUUUGCCCCUCCAAACACACCUGUGAUAAUGGUGAAAGCUCUGCCUAGUUACCCACAUUUAAAAUACGUAUUUAAAAAUACACCCGGCAAAGUAAAAUUCAGUUUAAACACUCACACUGGUCUUAUCACCACUUCAGAACCCAUAAAAGCACAAUAUGCAUCCCAUUUUGAACUUGAAGUUGUGACAAGUGACAGAAGAGCUUCUGCAAAAGUAUUAAUUAAGGUACUAGGCAUGAACAGCAAUCCUCCUGAAUUUACUCAGACAUCUUAUAAAGCCUCCUUUGAUGAGAAUGUGCCAGUAGGUACAAGUGUCAUGAGAGUAAGUGCAAAAGACCCUGAUGAAGGGGAGAAUGGUUAUGUGACCUAUAGCAUUGCAAACCUAAAUCCUCUGCCAUUUGUGAUCAACCAUUUCAGUGGGGUUAUUAGUACCUCAGAAGAACUGGAUUAUGAAUUGAUGCCAAGGGUUUACAAUUUAAGGAUUCGAGCUUCUGAUUGGGGUAUACCAUAUCGUCGAGAAGUUGAAGUUCCUGUUACUAUUAUUUUAAAUAACCUGAAUGACAAUAUACCUCUGUUUGAGAAAAUAAAUUGUGAGGGAAUAAUCCCCAGGGAUCUUGGUGUUGGAGAACAAAUAACAACUGUGUCUGCUAUUGAUGCCGAUGAGCUCCAGUUGGUGAGGUACCAAAUUGAAUCUGGAAAUGAACUGGAUUUAUUUAGCCUAAAUCCAAAUUCUGGAGUCCUUUCACUUAAACAGCCAUUAACAGAUGGCCUUGGUGCUAAAGUGUCUUUUCACAGUUUGAAAAUUACAGCUACAGAUGGAGAAAACUUUGCAAAACCAUUGUAUAUCAACAUAACUGUAGCUACUAGUCGCAAGCCGGUCAACUUGCAAUGUGAAGAAACUGGAGUUGCCAAAAUGCUCGCAGAGAAACUCUUACAAGCAAAUAAAUUGCACAGUCGUGGAGAAGUUGAGGAUGUUUUCUUUGACACUCAUUCUGUGAAUCUGCAUGCACCUCAAUUUAGAAGUACUAUCCCCAGUAGCAUUGAGAUAAGAGAAGACCUGCCUGUGGGCUCCAGCAUAUUAUUUAUGAAUGCUACUGAUCUUGAUACUGGCUUCAAUGGGAAGCUAGUGUAUGUUAUCUCUGGAGGUAACGAAGAUAGUAGUUUCAUUGUUGAUAUGGAAAGAGGAAUGCUGAAAAUUUUGUCUCCCCUUGACCGAGAAGUAAAGGAUAAAUACACUCUAAAUAUUACUGUCUAUGAUCUUGGAAUACCACAAAAGUCUGCCUGGCACCUUUUAGAUAUAAAAAUUUUGGAUGCUAACGACAACCCUCCUGAGUUCCUGCAAGACAGCUAUUUUGUUGAAGUGAGUGAAAACAAAGAACCAAACAGUGAAAUAAUUCAGAUUGAAGCUACUGAUAGAGAUUUGGGGGCUAAUGGAGAAGUGAAAUACUCUCUUCUUACAGAUACAGACAAGUUUACUAUUAAUGCUGUGACUGGAGUUGUGAAAGUUGUAGGGGCUCUGGAUCGUGAAGAACAGCAUGUCUAUUUCUUGAAAAUAGAGGCUAGGGACCAACCUACUGAAGAACCUCAAUUAUUUUCAACAGUUAUUUUGAAAGUGUCUGUAGAAGAUGUUAAUGACAAUCCUCCUAAAUUUAUUCCUUCAAAUUAUCAUGUGAAAAUCCGAGAAGAUCUUCCUGAGGGAACUAUUAUCACGUGGCUAGAAGCCCAUGAUCCUGAUUUAGGCCAGUCAAGUCAAGUGCGAUACAGUCUUUUGGACAGUGGAGAUGGCACCUUUGAUGUUGACAAGCUAAGUGGAGCAAUACGUAUCGUACAAAGACUGGAUUUUGAAAAGAAACAACUUUAUAACUUGACUGUUCGGGCCAAGGACAAAGGAAAGCCCAUUUCAUUGUCCUCUACGUGUUAUGUUGAGGUUGAGAUAAUUGAUGUGAAUGAAAACCUGCACCCUCCACGGUUCUCUGUAUUUGCAGAUAAAGGCUUUAUAAAAGAAGAUGCCCCUGUUGGCUCCUCAGUAAUGACAGUAUCUGCUUAUGAUGAAGAUGCGGGACGAGAUGGAGAGAUUAGAUACUCCAUCAGAGAUGGAUCUGGUAUAGGCGUUUUUCGAAUAGAUGAAGAAAAAGGUAUUAUUGAGACUGCAGAUCGUCUGGAUCGUGAGACUACUUCACAUUACUGGUUAACUGUUUACGCAACAGACCAAGGCAUUGUGCCGUUAUCAUCUUUUAUUGAAAUCUACAUAGAAGUUGGGGAUGUUAAUGACAAUGCUCCUCAGACCACAGAACCAGUUUAUUACCCAGAGGUCAUGGAAAACUCACCUAAAGAUGUAUCUGUCAUUCAGAUUGAGGCAUUUGAUCCAGAUUCUAGCUCAAGUGAAAAAUUAACCUACAAGAUUACAAGUGGAAAUCCACAGGGAUUCUUUUCAAUAAACCCUAAAACUGGUCUAAUUACAACAACAGCUAGAAAACUAGAUCGAGAGCAGCAGGGAGAGCACAUACUGGAGGUCACGGUAACAGACAACGGUACUCCUGCAAAAUCAACAAUUGCACGUGUGAUUGUGAAGGUUUUAGAUGAGAAUGACAACAAGCCUCAGUUCUUGCAAAAGUUCUACAAAAUCCGGCUUCCAGAGCGUGGUAAGCCAGAACGAGAGAGAACUGCUAGGAGAGAGCCGAUCUAUCGAGUUAUUGCUGCAGAUAGAGAUGAAGGCCCCAAUGCAGAGAUCUCUUACAGCAUUGAAGAUGGCGAUGAACAUGGCAAAUUCUUUAUCGAACCAAAAACUGGAGUGGUUUCGUCAAAGAAAUUUUCUGCUGCGAGGGACUAUGAUAUCCUUUCAAUUAAAGCUGUAGAUAAUGGUCGUCCACAAAAAUCAUCAACUACACGGCUUCACAUAGAAUGGAUUCCAAAGCCUGUCCCACCCACAGAGCCCAUUUAUUUUGAGGAAGCAUUUUUUUCUUUUACGGUGAUGGAAAGUGACCCGGUUGCUCACAUGAUUGGUGUAAUAGCUGUUGAACCUCUUGGAACACCACUUUGGUUUGACAUAACGGGUGGCAACUAUGACAGUCGAUUUGAUGUGGACAAGGGCACGGGAACUAUCAUUGUCGCUAGACCUCUUGAUGCAGAACAGAAAUCAAAUUACAACUUGACAGUAGAGGCAACAGAUGGAACCAGAUCUAUCAGCACUCAG